AGAACUCGUCGUACUAGACCAAAGCUAUCCGUAGCGCUUUCGACGUCACCCAAAGAUUAUUUAGUGAGCAGGACAUUGUUGGUGGAGGACGUUAGAAAACCAAAAGAUUUGGUACAUAGGCUAGAGGGUAUUGGCAAAGUGGGGGAAUACUUGCACGUUAUUAGGCCUUUAAUUUAUGUGCUUGCAAUUAGAAAGUGGGGAAAUCGGGCUUGGCGACCGUGGAUAAUCUCUUUAAUAAUCGAGCUGCUGUCUCGAUAUAUCGCUUAUUACUACUAUACCACUCGGAUACCCGGCGGUCAUCGCUGGUUGUCCACACUUGAGAAGGAGGAACAAAUGCGAAGAUUACGUCAAUUAUGGUAUUAUCUUUUACGAGGGCCUUUAUACGAAAAAUUCACAAAAAUAUAUAUCAAUGGUUUCUGCGAUACCGUCAGCACAAAACCUCUUAUUUCACUCCUCGGGAGCGUAUUGAGAGACUAUCAACCACUUUGGGAGAAUAUUCAUUAUUAUACAUCGUCAUAG